AUGACGUCAAUAGCUUCCGAAUCUGUAGCCACGAUCCUUUGUUCCAGCAAGCAAACGCGCUUCAACCUCCAGAACGCCGACCCUCGCGAGUUGGACAUUGAUGGCCUCAACAUCACUGUCACCUCGGCUGGGAAGACCGGCGCAAAGGGCAAGUCCAAAGCCCGAAGUGACGGGACCGAGAUCCUCGUCGACGCCAAGCUGCGUCUAAAGGCCGGCCAGCGGUAUGCACUCGUCGGAAGAAAUGGCUCUGGAAAGUCGACACUCCUCAAGGCUAUCGCCGAGAAGCUGAUUCCGGGCAUAUCCGAGACAACUCGAAUUUCUCUUCUGCAGCAGACCAAUCUAACCGAUGUCAACUCAGACCUACGUCCCAGCCAUCACCCGACCGAUAUAGGUGAAUCUGGCCAAGGUCGCGGUGUUCUGCAGCAUGUGAUUGAGCAGGCGACUGCCAAGUCGAACAUCGAGCAAGAGAUCAGGGCUUUAUCCGAUGGCAUCAACAGCACCGACCCGUACGGCCCCGUGCGCGCCAUCCGCGCAGUUCGCCAUGACAGAAACCAGAAGCGUCUCUUCCGAGAGGACAAGAACGCGAGACUACGUAGCGGAGACAGAGGUCUGGCGGCAAGAAAGGCCCUCAAGGCCUUUGAAAAGACAGUUGCCGAGUCACAAAGAAUUCUGGAGCAAUCCCAGGAUGAGAUUUCGGCCGAGACUCUCGAUACGGAGACACAAGAGGCCUUGGAUAUGUUAGCAGAUCUCCAGUUGCAGGUUGAGCCUUCCAAGGUGGCCGAGAUCGAGUCCAAAGCUAAGCGUAUUUUGUCCGGCCUGGGGUUCACCCAAGCCUACAUGUCGAAGCCGGUAUCAAGUCUCUCUGGUGGCUGGACGAUGCGGACCGCACUGUCCAUAUCGCUGCUUCAACAGACUGACGUUCUCAUUCUCGACGAACCCACCAACUUCCUCGACUUGCUAGGCAUCAUCUGGCUUCAGCGCUAUUUUGAGUCCCUCCAAGAUGUGGAUGAUGCCCCGACGCUGAUUCUCGUCUCACACGACAGAGACUUCAUCACGCUUUGCACAGACCUUCUCAUCCUAAAGGACAAGGGGCUGACCUACUUCCACGGCGAUCUGCCGACUUACGAGGCGUCGCAGUCGGAGCGCAAGAUCUGGCUGACCAAGAUGAAGGACUCCCAGGACAAGCAGAAGGCCCAUAUACAGCAGAGCAUCACCAACAACAUAAAGGCAGGCAAGGCCCACGAUGAUCUAAACAAGCUUCGACAAGCCAAAUCCCGUCAGAAGAAGCUCGAUGACCGCUGGGGUCUUCAGGUCAGCGCCAAGGGUGGUCGGUUCAAGCUGAACCGUGAUCUCGUCGGCUACCACUUGACGGCCAGAGACGAGAUCGAUAUCCCACAGGAUGAGCGACCGGUGAGCCUUUCCUUGCCGGAGCCACCAGAUCUCCGGUUUCCUGGGCCUCUUUUAUCGGUAGAGAAGGCGACGUUUCGCUAUCCCGGUGCCGGGAGCAAGGUCAAAACGUUGGCGCCGACCGUGCUGCAGGACAUCAACCUCUCCGUCCACAUGGGCGACCGCGUUGGUAUCCUCGGUCUGAAUGGGGCGGGAAAGUCGACCCUUGUGAAGCUUCUUGUCGACGAGAUGAAGCCCACAUCCGGCGCAGUGACGACGCACCCUCGGCUGAGGCUGGGAUACUAUUCACAGAAUGCCGUCGAAGCUCUGCAAGAGAAGGGCCGGGCUGACCUGUCCGUGACGGCCUUAUCUUUACUCACGGACGAGGUCGCCGGGGAGUUGGACGAAGGCCAGCUUCGUGGCAUCCUGGGCAGUCUCGGUCUGCCUGGCCGCGUUGCAUCCGACACGCCCCUCGGGAAGCUGUCUGGCGGCCAGCUCGUGCGAUGCGAACUCGCGCGGCUUCUCUGGCGGAGACCGCACUGCCUCAUCCUCGAUGAGGUGACGACCCAUCUCGACUACGAGACUGUCACGGCUAUGCGGGAAUCCCUCAGAGACUGGGAAGGGGCGGUGGUCCUCGUCAGCCACGACCGAUGGUUCAUGCGCGGGGUUGUCGAAGGCUCGGCCGAGGACGUUGACAGCGAAGAAGAGGACGAGGAGGAAGCGGUGCCUAGGCGACGGCUUGUGUACAAAUUGAGGGCGGGGGUCUUGUCACGCUUAGAGGGCGGUGUGACUGAAUUUGAGGACAGCGUUGCAAAAAGAGUGGCUAAGCUGCUCAAAACCUAG